AUGCUACAUUUCUUCGAAUACUUUUUGCAGAACAAAAAAGAAACGAAGAAGAGACGAAUGGUGACAGGAACACUUACGAUAACAGAUGAGGAGAAGGAAACGGUCAAACCUCGACCAGAAUUCUCGACGUCUUCUUCCUCUUCUUCUUCAUCUCAUCAACAACAAUACUGCGUUCAAAAAGAUCGAAUUGAACUUGUCGUCGUCAUCGUCGUUCUACUGAUUCUUCUUCAAAUCGGUCUUGCUCUCUUCUUUUACAAAAAGUGUGUGGCUCGUUCGGUAAUGGAUUCAUCGUCAAGUGUUUAUUCGGAAGGAAGUUCCGAAUGCUCUGCCACGUCAUCUGCAUUCAACACGUGUAAUCGUCAAGUACAGGGACCAGUCUUGCCUCAGAGACCCGCGAGAUUUGCAGAUGGAGCACCGUUCACGGAAAAUCCAUACAAUAGGUUGCAUCAUUUCACGUGA